AUGAGCGGCACCCCUAAAAGGAAGCGCGGGCCGGACGUGGACCCUGGUGCCGUUCCCGAGGGGGCCGACGCGGGCCGGCCUGAGCCCCUCCGGCUCGAGAGCGUCGAUAAGUAUCCUCGCAAGCGGGUAAUGAUUGCCUUGCUAGAGCGGUUCUCUCUGCUUAUUGAGAGUCUCGAGAUUAUCCACUACCGUAUCUUCCUGCCGCCCGCGCUGAAGGACGGCUGGAACCGCGCGUUCUGGGUUUGUUCACUGAUUAUCGACGAGCUUGAGCAGUCUCUCCGGAUGCACCUAGAAGGCUACCGCGCCUUCUACGACAUCAUCCCGCUCCCGACUUUCACCGACGAGUAUAUCGGCUUCUACUUCUUCCUCGCUAUGAUCAGCCUGCGUAAGCUGCUCUAG